AUGGCGGAUGAGCAAAGGAUUGUGGGAGAACAGGCUGCCCUGGAUCAGGAGGAAGAUCCUGGAGAGAAGAUGGACAAACAGGUCCACAAACAAAGAAAGUGUUUGAAGAGAGAGGGAAAAGUGUCUCCUCAAGUCAGCCAUUCUGGAAGGAAAAUACCAAAAAGGGUCACAGCUCUGCAGGUUAAAGAGGAGCCAGAGGAAGAGCUGCCCCGAAGUCAAACAAUCCUGGAGUCCCCAAAGGGGAAGCAGACCUACUGGGGCAACAAACAGUUGACAGAGCCCAUGACACCAUGGGAAGAUAUUAAGGCCUUUCUGGCCCAUUUUGAGGGAGCCGAUGAGGCCAGCCAGUGGGUAACUCGCUUGGUCCCUGGCCUCGGAGACGCCGAGGCGGCCCUUCACAGCCUUGACAUCAGGGAGAGUGUUGGGAAAAUGAAAGCGGCCCUCUUGCGAGGAGAGGCCAGCUGUCGGGAGUGGCAACGCCAGCACUUCCGGCACUUCUGCUACGAGGAGGCCGAGGGGCCCCGAGAGGCGUGCAUCCAGCUCCGGGAAUUUGGCUACCAGUGGCUGAAGCCGGAGAGGCGGACCAAAGAGCAGAUCCUGGAGCUGGUGAUCCUGGAUCAGUUCCUGACCAUCCUGCCUUCGGAAAUGCAGUGCUGGGUCCAGGAAGGGGGGCCGGAGACCUGUGCCCAGGCGGUGGCCUUAGCUGAAGAGUUCCUGCAGACGCAGCGGCGGGAGGAGGAGAGGGCGGAAGAGCAGAACUCGGGGCCGUUUGAAGGAGCCGUAGUUCGUCUCAAGGGCAAGCAGAUGGAUUCUAGACAUAUUCUACUGAACGGAGAGCCCAAGGAAGAGAAUUUCAGUGAGGGCGCAAGCUUGCACAGUAAAUUGGGUGAUGAUGAGGGAUCAAGUGAAAGCGAGGAGAUUUCUUCAAGGGGAAAAGCCAUGCGAGUGGGAUUUCAUGGGGUGGUUCUCGGAAAAGCAAAAGACGUUUCCCAGCAUCAAGCUCCAGGGCAACCCACAGAGAAACGGCAUGGUCUAAAAGGGAAGCCGGGAACCAGCCCAGUAAAAAAGCCAAACCUGUCUGUUUUGGAAGGAGGCAGAGGAGAACCCAAUGACACACCAGUCAGCUCCACAUUCGAGAGUUCAGAAAUCUGUGACGAGAAUGAUUUUGAUGAGGGCUCGGAUUUCUUAAUCGAUGCCGAAGGUAAACCUCAUAAAUGCUCGGAGUCUAGGGAAGUGUCUGGUAAGAGCCCCGAUUCUGUCCAUUACCGGAGCGAGAAGCUGAAUAGGUGCCUGAGCUGUGGGGAAAACUUCCCUUGCGGCUCAAAUGUGAAUGAGGGAGAGCAAAACCACCUGGGGCAGAAGCCUUAUGAAUGCUCUGAUUGCCGGGAAAACUCUACCAAGGCCUUGGGCCUUAGCAAGCUUGAAGAACCGCCCUUGGAAGAGAAAGUUUACACCUGUGUAACAUGUGGGGAGAGCUUCAGCCUGUAUUCGAGCCUUAUGAAACACGAGCGAACCCACACCGGGGAGGAGUCGUGUACACCUUUUGACUGCGGGAAAAGAUUGCAUCAGAGCGGCAGCCACCCGGCCUCUGAACACACGAUGGAGAAGCCAUACAAGUGCCCCACCUGUGGCAAGAGCUUCAGUAAAAGCUCAGGCCUUCGGUUUCACAAAAGAAUCCACACAGGGGAGAGGCCGUACGAAUGCGCAGAUUGCGGGAAGAGCUUCAGCCAGAGGUCCAAUCUCAUCCUGCACGAGAGAACCCACACAGGGGUGAAACCUUUCCGGUGCUCUGACUGCGGGAAGAGCUUCCUUCGCAGCUCGGACCUCGUGAGGCACGAAAUCACCCACACGGGCGAGAAACCGUACACCUGUUCUGAAUGUGGGAGGUCCUUUGGACACAACUCGACCCUCAUUGCACACGAGAGGACCCACACGGGCGAGAAACCGUACAAGUGCUCCAUCUGCGGGAGAAGCUUCCGGCACCACUCGGGCCUUAUCAAGCAUGAGCGGACCCACACGGGCGAGAGGCCGUACCCAUGUCCGGCCUGUGGGAAGGGUUUCAGUCAGAGCUCAGGGCUCACGUUACACCUGAGGACUCACACGGGAGAGAAACCUUACCAGUGUUCGGUUUGUGGGAAGAGCUACAGUCAGAGGUCAAAGCUCACGAAACACGAGAGAACCCACAUGGUGGAAAAACUGUCGAAAGAAAUUAUGUCAGAUCUGGGAACUCUGGAAGGCCGAAACUCUCUUGAGAAGGAGCUGCUGCUAGGAAAAAGAACGGAGGAGUCAGUUUCCAAGAAUCCUGAUGCAGAAAAUGCACCGGAGAAAGAAGACCCUCAGAUUGUCCCAAGUGGCACCGCUGAGGACUUGGUAAAGUGGUCACCACGUGUGAAACAGGACCCAUUGACGGAUCAUUGGGAAGCACAGUGGCAGGAGUUCUUAAAGGCCACGCCUUCCCUCCGCUCAAGAUUUGAAGACCCGCCAAUGUCUGAGCACCCCUCAUGGAGUGAUACCAAGGCCUUCCUUGCGUCUUUUGAGGAAGCGGCUGAGUGGCUGAAGCCCAAGACGCCGAUGGAAGAGCAGGUCCUGGAGCUGGUGAUCCUGGAGCAGUUCCUGACCAUCCUGCCACCAGACAUGCAGCGCUGGGUCCGGCAACGGCAUCCAGAGACGUGUACCCAGGCGGUGGCCCUGGUGGAGGACUUCCUGUUAUGGUCGCAAGAGGUCUUAGGGCCAUUUGGGACGAUGGCCGUGAAUUUGUCCGCUGCAGAGUGGACGCUUUCCGAAAUCUGGCAGAGGCAUCUUGGCAGGGGGGCCAAGGAAGAGAGAGACAGGGCGGGCGGUUUGUUGGAUGGGCAGAGAAAUCAGAAGAAUUUCCUCUUCAAAAGAAACGGGCAGGUGACAUCACUGACGGAAGCCAAGGAGAACCAAGCCGAAGCCCCGAAGAAUUUGGAUAAGUUACAGCAGCAAAAGGAGCCCCACAGAGAGACGGGACUGAAUAUGUUGGUCAUUUGUGAAGGAGGAAAUGGUGCCAUAGAUGUCCUCAGCACAACAGCAAUUCAUCAGAGACUCUGCAAGGAUGAGAGGAUGGAAAUCUCAAACUCGUGCCCCGACCUUAACAUGAAUAAUGGGAUCAGUCUUGGUAUGAAAAUAUACAAUUGCUCAGACUGUGGGAAAAGUUUUUCCCGGACCUCAAACCUCAUUAGCCACCAGAGGACCCAUGCGGGUGAGAAACCGUACAGGUGCUCAGAUUGUGGGAAAGGUUUCACCCGUAGCUCGAACCUUAUAAACCACCAACGGACCCACACAGGGGAAAAACCAUACAAGUGCUUAGACUGUGAGGAGAGCUUCUCACGUAGCUCACAACUCAUCAGCCACCGGCGGAUCCACACAGGUGAGAAACCCUACCAGUGCCCUGAGUGUCGGAAGUCUUUCAGUUUGCGUUCGCUUCUCAUUCGACAUCAGAAAAUCCACACCGGGGAAAAACCAUAUCAGUGUGCAGAAUGCGGGAAAAGGUUCAUCGAAAGCUCCGAACUCAUUACUCAUGAGCGGACGCACACCGGUGAAAAACCGUACAAGUGCAAAGUUUGUGGGAUAAGCUUUUGUCAGAGUUCCAAUCUCCUGGCCCACACCCGGACCCACACCGGAGAGAAACCCUACCGGUGCGCCAGCUGCGGAAAGAGCUUCAGCCGGAGUUCCAACCUCAUUGUGCAUGAGAGGACACACACGGGAGAGAAACCGUACGAGUGCUCCUUCUGUGGGAAGGGCUUCAGCCAGAACUCGCGCCUUAUCAGCCACAAGAGGAUCCACGCCCGAGAGAGUCUGCGCGAACCUUCAGAAAAGGUUUCGCCUCGCAACGGACAAGAAAUUGACUUGCAAAGCAGACUGGCAAACCGAGCUGUGUAAAUCUUUUGGCAAUUUUAAAAGCUACUCCGAUACAUCCAGUCCAUUUUUCAUUUGUUUCCUAGUCUUACACAGGAUUCUGCCACUCACAUCAGUGAGGAUUUAGCCUCAGGAACUCUCAGACUUUUCACUCAGCCAGAGAUCUCCAAAUUUAACAGCAUCGCUACAUUAGAUUGUUUAAAAAAGAUUUGUUUAAUUCGGUCUCCUCCAGUUUUGUGGCUCUGACCUCCUCUUAAUUUGGAUAAGGUUUUUUAUUCCUGGUGGUGGAAAGUGCUGUCAAGUCACAACCGAGACAGCACAACCCCAGUGGGGU